CUAUAAGAACGGGAUGCCUUAUCUCUGUUCUUUUUCUCAACUCCCUCGGGAGCGCGAUUCUGGCAGGGUAGCGGCGGGCGGCCCAUGGCGAACCAGUCGCAGUGCCUGGACGAUGCGCCCUUCCGAGGGUUCCUGCGCUGCUGGGAGCCCAGCCCGCCCCAGGCCUACAGCGAGGCGCAGCGCCUGGCGCUGGAGGAGCUCAUCGCCGGCGGGCGGGCCGCUUUCCGAGCCUUCCUGCGCCGCGAGGAGAUGCGCGCCUUCCUCUCGGAGCCCGAGAUCCAGGCCAUCCUGCGCGCCGCUGUGCCGCCGCCCGGCGCCGAGGAAAACUCCUCCUCGGCAGGCGCGGAUCAGCCGCUGAACGGCUCUCUGGAUUGCUCGUCGCUCACCUACUUCCCGGUGCAGUCCGACGUGGAGCCGCCAGUGCUGGAGCUGGGCUGGCCGGCCUUCGUCAGCGGCUCUUUUCGGGGGCUCACGCGGGUGGAGACGCAUUUCCAGCCCAGCUUUGGCGAGACCGUCUACCCCUGCAAGGAAGCGGUGCGCAAGCAGAUCCGAUCGGCCCGGGAGGUUAUUGCUGUAGUUAUGGACUGCUUCACAGAUAUGGACAUCUUCAGUGACCUCCAGGAGGCCUGUAGAAAAAGGCUUGUUCCUGUUUACAUCCUUCUGGAUCAGGCUUCCCUCAUUCAUUUCAUGGAGAUGUGCAAAAACCUUGAAUUUUGUCCUGAACAGGAACAUCUGAUGAGAGUUCGAACUAUUGCUGGAAACGCUUAUUAUGCAAGAUCAGGAGCCAAAAUAAUUGGGAGUGUCCAUGAGAAGUUCAUGUUGGUUGAUGGUGUAAGAGUGACUACAGGCUCCUACAGCUUCACAUGGACUGAUGGGAAGCUGAACAGCAGUAACCUCUUGCUGCUUUCAGGCCAAGUGGUGGAACACUUUGACCUGGAGUUCAGAAUUCUUUAUGCACAAUCCAAGCCUAUUAACCCAAAGCUAACAUCCAGUGGCCGGAACAGCGGUUCGCUUGAGCACUUGGCUAACAGAACCACACCUUGUAAGGACUUCACUGUGGGGAAUCUCCUGAGAGCUGAGUUUGCUAGGCUCUCAAGCACUCCGAAAAAGCUUGAGAAAGAUAUAGAACUGGCUAGAGAGCUCCAAGGAGGGAGGGUGAGAGCAAAACGCCCUCACCUGAGUCCUGAGGAAGAGUGGCUCAGUGGUCACGUGGCCCUAGGGAAGCCCAAGGUGAUACACAGUCAGUCGACUCAGACGGAGCCAUUGGAAGAGAAAGCCACCGUGACGUUAUUCAGCUGUGCCACCCAAACUAGCAUUCCAGUGGCAACGGCUGCCACCCAAACCACUGCUCGAUCCAGAAUGGUUGGCACCCAGACGGUAGUAAUGCUCAGGGCUGCUGCAACACAAACUGGCAAAGACAAAGCUGCGGAAGUGAUCCUGGAUCAGAGAGUAGCUGACCAGAGGGUCCCCUCUAAAGAAGGCUCCCCUGUUUCUAGGAAGUCCAUGUCCACAUCUUCUAGUGCACGGUCACUUUCUUCAUUAUCCUCUCAGUGUUCCCGGGCAAGCUCUGUGGGUUCACUAACAUCUCUGAGGUCCAUGGACUACUCCGUCAACAACCGGGCAGACUACUUCCACAAACUAAACAAGGAGCGGGAAUUCCACUACUCAGUCAUCCGGACCAAGCUGAACCACAUGGCCUCCAUACUCUCUAGGAGGGGGAAUGUGGCUGAAAACUACAUAGGCUGCCAUCCAAUGAGGUGCAACCUAAAGCCCAGACGGCAGAUCAGCACCAGCCUAAUAAACCUCAGGGACUUCGCGCUGUAUAACUCCACUGACUGCUUCUGAGAAAUGUACGUUGAAGUGCUGACGAACACAAAACUAGCUGAUGUAUGAAUGCCACUUGAACUGCCCAGCCAGCCAGCCGUUCUUCUGUGCCACAGUUUACCUCUUUUGUUGUGGCAUGAAGAAAAGUAAUUUGCACAACCAGUUGGCAUGCACGCAUGGCUUGUGGUGUGCAGGGAGCCACGAGAGUGAACAAAGUACAGCGUUCUUCAUGUGCUCUAAUAAUUAGAGUUGCAGUUUCUUUACACUGGGUCCUGUUGAUUGUAUAGUCUUGAUACCUUUUGCCUAACCUAUUUGUCAGUGAACAAAAAUACUAAAUUGUGUCGUGUGUGUGUGUGUGCUUCUUUUCAUCCAACAAGUGCCUCCCGCUUAGUCCCAAUACAUGAGCACACAAAAUAUAUUUUUUAACAAAAGCGACAAACCUGCAGUGAGGGAAUAGAUUAGGAACAUAGGGAGCUGCUAUAUACUGAGUCAGACCAUAGGUCCAUCUAGUUCAGUAUUGUCUACCUAGACUGGCAGUGGCUUCUCCAAGGUUGCAGGUAGGAAUCUCUCUCAGCCCUUGUCUUGGAGAAGCCAGAGAGGGAACUUGAAACCUAGAUGCUCUUCCCAGAGCAGCUCUAUUCCCUGAGGGGAAUAUCUUCCAGUGCUCAUAUGUGGUCUCCCAUUCAGAUCCAACCAGCGUGGACCCUGCUUUACUAAGGGGACAAGUCAUGCUUGCUACCAGAAGAGCAGCUCCCCUGUACCAGCCCUCUCCUCAUUACUAAGUAAUAAGUAAAAGGCAUUGUUCAGUAAUGCAUAAGUUCUUCCAGUACUGUGGCCAUAUACUGGCAGGUUAGUGCUGUAUAUUAAAGAUCUGACUAAUUUUC